AUGGUAGACCGGCUCUGCAACAUCAGCAAGCACACCGCCAAAUUAAGAGAUGAAAGGGUGAUGCAGGCUGGCCAUCAUGAGAUCAUUCGGAGUCUCAGCCGUUCCUCUUCACCUCUGCAUCCCUCUCCCCUUCGCAACCUUCCUGCUCAUCUUCUUCUGUGCAGCCUCGCAACCUUCCUCCUCGUCCCCUUUGUGCAGCCUCGCAACCUUCCUCCUCGUCCCCUUCGCAACCUUUCUGCUCCUCGUCCCCUUCGCAACCUUCCUCCUCGUCCCCUUCGCAACCUUCCUCCUCGUCCCCACCUCCUCCAGUUCCUCUCACUCGCUGAUGCCGACGUUCUCGCCGAAAUGCCGCCGCUCGACCGCGCCCACUCGCUGCUUAUGCUCUCCAAGGCCACCACCCUCCUCUUCGCCUUGAGGCUGAGGUGCACUGGAGUAAACCCAUUUAACCAUCCAGUCAAAACGGAGUUCGAUAGAUUAAAAUUGUAUGAGGAGAAGCUUGAGAAGUUGGUGGAUUUGAGUAAAGCUCCUUUGCGACCGUCUACUACUUUAAAUCAUCAGGCAGCUACCCGUUUCAUCGAGCAUUCUUUGCCAGACCUCACCCCUGAUCAGAGGCAAAGUAUGAGAGCCAUUAGCAAAGGAGACGGGCCAACCAUGAAGUAUCUAGAAAGGAAUGCCCCAAAGAAAAGGAAAUAUCAAUCCCCUUGGAUGACUCACAGAAGCCAGAUUUCAUUAAAGUGUUUAUGGAGAGCCUUUGAGCGUUUGGGGUUUUAGUAUUUGUGGUUUUAGUAUGGGGAACUUUAUCAACUUCUAAGUGUUUUCAUUAUUACUUUAGCAAGACAUUAUUUGUUUUUUAAGUCAGGUUUGAUUUUGGAUAUUUCAUGUUUAAGUUAUGCAUAUUUCAUUUUCUUUGUUUAAGUUCUAAAUGUUUAAACCCUAAAAUGUUUAUGAUAUGCAUGAUCAUUAAACUUA